UUCACACACAAUCAGCUCACACACACAACACUCACACUCACUCACUCUCUCUCUCUCUCUCUCUCUCUCUCCACACACAGAACAUCAGAAAGGAAAGAAAGAAAGAAACAAUCUCAGAUUGAUUAAGAGAGAGACAGAGAGGGAGGAAGAAGAAAAGAAAUGGCGUCCACGGUGCCGGAGAAUCUAACCAGGGAACAAUACGUGUACCUAGCCAAGCUAGCUGAGCAAGCAGAACGCUACGAAGAGAUGGUCCAGUUCAUGCAGAAGCUAGUCCUCUCUUCCACCCCCGCCGCCGAGCUCUCCGUCGAAGAGCGCAACCUCCUCUCCGUCGCAUACAAGAACGUCAUCGGCUCCCUGCGUGCCGCGUGGCGCAUCGUUUCCUCAAUCGAGCAGAAGGAGGAAGGUCGCAAGAAUGACGACCACGUGCCUCUCGUCAGAGACUACAGAUCCAAGGUGGAGACUGAGCUUUCCAACGUCUGCGCCAGCAUCCUCUCGCUUCUCGACUCCAAUCUCAUCCCCUCCGCCUCCGCCGGCGAGUCCAAGGUCUUCUACCUCAAGAUGAAAGGUGAUUACCACCGUUACCUCGCCGAGUUCAAGACCGCCGAUGAACGCAAAGCCGCCGCUGAGGACACCAUGCUCUCUUACAAGGCCGCUCAGGACAUUGCUUAUGCGGAUCUUCCACCUACUCAUCCUAUAAGAUUGGGUCUGGCUCUCAACUACUCUGUUUUCUACUAUGAAAUCCUCAACCAGUCUGAUAAAGCAUGCGGCAUGGCUAAACAGGCUUUUGAGGAAGCAAUUGCUGAGCUGGAUACCUUGGGAGAAGAAUCCUACAAAGACAGCACGCUUAUAAUGCAGCUUUUAAGAGACAACCUUACCCUUUGGACUUCUGACGUCCAGGACCAGCUAGAUGAGCCCUAAUAUCCCUGAAGGGUGGAUUCCUAUUCUUCCUCUGAAGGAGUCAAGUGCUUGGAGUUUGAGGACUACCUCAUUGGAAAAUGAUGGGGGAGCCGUUAUUCAAGGCAUGUGGUCCUCCACAGUGAACAAGGGAAGUGUGGCUGUCCCAUUAAAUUCUCGAGGGAAGUAGUAUCAUUAUAUUCAUAACUAUUAUGAAUUUAUGAUGGCGAAUAUUUUUCCUCUGAUGUGCAUGAUGCUGACUGAUGGACCACUUGCUACUUAAGUAUAAAAAUAUCUAAUUUGUUUAUAUUA